GUGACGUGCCCGUGGGCAUCGUCGAGUCCGCGAGCCCUGGGCUGCUGAAGAGUCUAGGAUCGGAGGGCAAAAAACUGCCCUGCGUAGUCCUGCUGCGCAGCUUCGACUUUGAGGAGAAGGCGCUGGUCUUCACGCCCGAGAGUAGUUGGCCGAACAGUUUUGGUCCACUGACGUCUUGGAUAGCCGCAAAGCGGGUACCCGCGCUGAUCCCCGGAUCGGAGCAGACUGAGAAGUUUUUUCUUCAAGACAUCGAUCCUGGAAAUGCCUUGGUCCUCUACUUUGGCGAAGAUGAGAAUCUCCGCCGCGACCUGCAUGAACUCGCUGUGUCCUUCGGCAAGGACAAGAAGCUGAAAUGGGUUCACUUAAAGAGUGGCCAGUUCAGCGAGAGCUUGGGCAAAAACGUGCUCGCAGCCGGAUUGGGCGCUGUGGCAGUCCAGCUAUUUUCCGGCCUUGCCCCCAGCCGCGCUGCGUGGACUUGGACCUUGAGUAUCCCAACAGAUGGUGGCUUCAGCUGCCAGGAGGGCAACACGAUCACUGGCAACUCUUCGUCUACUGCUGCAGACUUCGACUGCACCGUGGUGCCUGAUGAUGGCAAGACUUGUGACGUGACCAAGAUCUCUAUGCUGUGCUCCGAUUCAGAAGGAGGGAAGCAGAACUUUAUGCCUUUGGACGGGAUGUGCAUCGACAAUGUUGCCUUUGCAGAGAGCAACAACAUGACGCCUGACACUUUGUCUUGGUCGCAAGUUCCCGUCUGCACUAAUGCAACCGCAACUACCAGCGGAGCAGCAGCGGGCACAAUGAUGGCAUGCACGACGGCAGCCUUCUUGACAGGGGUGAUCUUCUGA